CCUCAGUGAUGUUGAUAAAUUUGAUUUAUUGCUGUGUAUUUGUGUAUUCACGUCAAACAGCAGCAUAGAAUAAUUAAAAUAAAUUUUAGAAAUACUAUUACAGAAGUAUGGAGUGUGUAGGUAGUGAAAAUAAUACCAUGGACAAUAAAGUUCUAAGUGCUACAGACGAAAACUGUACCAAAGAAGAAAGUGAUACGUUAACAAAACCUUUGGAGUGUAAAAGUCCGAUAACUGAUUUAAAAGAAGAAACAUCUAAUUCUAACCUGCCUAAUAAUUCUCAAGAUAUCAUUGAAGUGAAAGUAAUUUACAAUAAAAAAAAGUAUGACGUUAGUGCUGCAUCUAAUUUAACUAUCUCAGACUUUAAAAAACAAUUACAGGGUUUACUAGGAGUACCAGAUUCAAUGCAAAAACUAAUGUAUAAAGGACUGCUCCAGGAUAAUCAAACUAUUGCUAGUUCAGGUAUUACAAAAGGUUCUAAAAUAAUGUUAGUAGGAUCAACAUUAAAUGAUGUUUUAGCUGUUUCUUCUGUUAGUAAAGAGGAUGUCGUUGAAAUGGAAAAAGCAGCCUCUACCAAGGAGCCUUUAUGUAAACAAAAAAUUCAUAGGAAAGUUUUAGACAAGGGUAUACCUGAGGAUGUUAUGCCAGGAAUAAAAAAUCUGAAGGAGGGGUUACCACCUGUGCCAUUAUCUGGCAUGUUGAAUAAACAUGGUGGAAAAGUGAGACUGACUUUUAAAUUAGAAAGCGAUCAGUUAUGGUUGAGUACUAAAGAACGCACCGAAAAAUUGCCUAUGGGUUCCAUAAAAAGUGUUGUAUCGGAACCCAUCGAAAAUCAUGAAGAGUAUCAUGUAAUGGGUCUCCAAUUAGGUCCUACUGAAGCUUCACGCUAUUGGAUAUACUGGGUUCCCGCCCAGUAUGUAGACGCAAUUAAAGAUGCCGUGUUGGGGAAAUGGCAGUAUUUUUGAUUUCUACCGAAAUACUUUGGGACUGCAAAUGCCAUUAAAACAAAUCAGUUCAAAAACUAUUGCAUGUUUAAAGGUAUUCAUGCAUAUUACUUGAAGGAAUGACACUGUUUUCCUUUUCAAUAAAAAUUUAGUAGUUUUAUAAUUUUAUACAUUUAUAGGUUUUGCUUUUGUGAUAAUGAAUCUUCAAAGUGAAUUAUAAUUUGAAUUAAGUUGUGAUUAUUUAUAAUUGUGUGUUGUAAGAUAUUAAAAAUUCUUAAAUGGC